AUGUCUGGCGAAAUUUGUUUUCAUGUACAAGAGGAAAUCAUGAGAAGGCAUCCUGUAAAAUCAUUGGUUCAGUUUAGAUGUGUGUGCAAAGCAUGGAGGUGUUUAAUCGACAGCACUCGUUUUAUUGUUGCUCAUACCGUUAGCCAAGAUCAGCGGCAACAUCUGUUUGUAAGGUAUCUGGUAGGAAGGAAGCCACACUUUGUUUGUAUCGUCGAUGAUGACACUUUCCCUAGACAGAGGUUUGUUCCAACUUUUCCCCCCUCCAUUAAACUGCUUACAAGGUCAAGAAUGGUCGGUAGUUGUAAUGGGUUGGUGUGCUUGUAUUGGUAUUAUGAAUCUCAUUCUGGAGAGCCGAUGGUUGUACUUUGGAAUCCUUCAAUCAGAAAAUCCAUUGCUAUUGUUGUGCCUGUGAAUCCGUUUGAUAUGUACGAUUGGAUGGAUGAAUCAACUUUUGGUUUUGGUGUUUGUCAUGUUACUAAUGAUCCUAAGAUCAUGAUGAUUCCAGAACUUUGUCAGUUAGAUGAAAAGAUCAACAACAUUAACAACGACCCUCGCAAGAUUAUGGUUUAUACAUUGAGUUCAGGGAAAUGGAAAAGACUGUCUACUUCUAGCAAUGUGCCGAGUAAAUCAGUCCAAGUCAGACAGGAUGUUCAAGUUAUUGAUAGCUAUUUUUCAAGCAAACGCAUCAUGUUGACCUUACAUGUGGAUCCACAAUCUUGGGUUGCUGCUGCCGCCUACUACAUUGCUUAA